AUGGCAGGUCGCGUGGCCACACUGCCGCGCACAGUGCUGGGAACCAUGGAGAUGGGUCGGCGUGCCGACGAGGCCAUGAGUCGUGAGAUGACGCGGCUCUUCACGGCCGGUGGGCACCGGCACCUGGACACAGCGUUCAUGUAUGCGGGCGGGCGCUCCGAGGAGAUCCUGGGCACUCUCUGCGGCACUGGCGGGACGUUUGAGAACCAAGUGAGCGUGGACACCAAGGCGAACCCAUGGGGCACCAACACCCUGAAAGCUGACAGCCUGGGCGUUCAGCUCGGCACAUCCCUGCAGCGCCUGCGUCGCUCCUCAGCGGACGUGUUCUAUCUACACGCGCCCGACCACAACACACCGCUAGAGGAGACGCUCGCCGGCUGCCACGCGCUCCACCAGGAGGGCAAGUUCAAAGAGCUAGGCCUGUCCAACUACUCAUCGUGGGAGGUGGCCGAGGUGUGGCACAUUUGCCACUUCAACAACUGGGUGCUGCCGAGCCUGUACCAGGGCAUGUACAACGCCUGCACGCGCCAGGUGGAGACCGAGCUGUUGCCCUGCCUGCGUCGCUUCAACAUGCGCUUCUACGCCUACAAUCCUCUGGCCGGGGGACUGCUCACGGGCAAAUAUUGCUACGAGGACAAGGACACAAAGAAGCCAGAAGGGAGGUUUUUUGGGAAUGACUGGGCCGAAGCCUACCGCAACAGGUACUGGAAAAAGCACCACUUUGCGGGAAUCGAUCUGGUGCGCGAGGCCCUGAACGUGGCCUACGGGGAGGGCAAGGUGUCACUGACGGAGGCCGCUCUGCGCUGGAUGUACCACCACUCAAGGCUGAGCGGAGAGGCCGGCGAUGGCGUCAUCUUGGGCGCUUCGUCUCCUGAGCAGCUCUCGCAGAACCUGGCGGCGAGCAAGCAGGGCCCCCUGGAUGAGACGGUGGUGGCGGCUUACCAGCAGGCCUGGGAGCUCAGUGCGCACGAUUGCCCUAACUAUUUCCGCUGAGCGAGUACGUCUAUCCGCACGCCCAUCCCGCCUGCCCUUGCAGGAGAUGAUUUGAUGCUGCUGGAGCAAAAGUUAUUCUUGAAUAUGCUUGCAACCUUUGUAAUAAUUACAUGCCAACCUUGUAAAAGCAGCCAUUCUUUCCUUACAUGCUGGUAUGGUACAGAUCUCCACGUUUACUUGUCUUUGGAUAUUUUUUUUAAUCUCCAGUUCCAUCCCGAUUGUGCAUUCGGCAUCAUGAUGAGUUCAUUCCGAAAUCUCACAGAGCAGUGCAGCCCUUCAUGUUGGUUAACGGCCCAUGGAAGUGGAUUUCAGGGAUACAUCCUCUUUUUUAGAUUUCUUCAAGUGACCUCUGAUCCUUACAGUAGAGCGCAGCACUUUAGCACCCACUCGACAAUGAGAGAAAUGUUUUAAUUCUCAGUGCUCCAAUUGACAUUUGCAUUUGUGCAGUCAUUGGUGACUGAGCUGAGACCAUCGAUUGGUUCAAUACAAUCGAGAACCUGGUUUAAUCACAGGCGGCUGCCUAAUGUUAAACCCAAGCUCACAUCAACACUGCCAGCCACCAGGCCACCUCUAGUGUUUGCAUUCAUCAUGUAAAAAACGUGCGCUUUGAAUAUUAUUUCUUACCAUUGGUGAUCCAUGGAUCGUGUUAAAUAUUUCCUGAAAUUGUAAGCGCUAUUGCAUUGACAGGGUAUAGUGAUAUAUGAAGAACCUGGAAAGUAAUUUCGUGCUGUAUCGCACUUGUUGUGGAUUUUGUCUCUGCUUUAAAGGUACAUUUCCUUAAAUGGUAUUUUGCAAAGUUGGCAAGCAUUUUCUUACACGCACAAUAAAAAAGCGUAGAAUGUAAUUCAAUAAUUAAGCUGUUGCACAUUUGCCUGACAUGCUGGAAUUAGAAAUGUAUGUAAAUGAUACGCACUUAAAAUUAAACACUAAUUUCACUUUGAUUACAAAUGUGAACUAGUUUAAUUAACAUUUCUGAAUAGUGAAGUUGAUUUAGUUUUUUGUAUUGGCCGGACUGCACGUGGUGCAACAAUAGUUGCCAAACUCCACCCCGCCCGCCCCCCCAUUUCAAUAAAUGUGCUCACGCAAAAGGUCAUCUUGUUUUAUUUUAUUGAACAUUCAUGGAAUAUUAUUUUUCUCCAACGUGAAAAUUCUGAAUGAGGGUGCACACUGACGGCCAUGAUACA